AGGCUCCCUCGCUCCGCCACUCCCCGCCCUCGCUCCCUCCCGGCGCCGCCUCCGCCCGCCCCGCCGCCGCUCGCCCUGCCUCCCUCCCUCCCUCCCGGCCUCGCCGCUCAGCCAAACUGAAAGCCGGACCCCAGGCCGCCUCGCCGCCGCCCGCCCGGCCUCGCUGGAGCGCUCCACCAUGGACAGUCCUGUUUUCACCUCAUAAAGAUGGCGGUGCGGGAUCGCUGCAACCUUUAGACUAAUGACUGUCCGAAACAUCGCCUCCAUCUGUAAUAUGACUCAUUUCCCAGAGGAGAAGGCUUCGUGAUGAGGAGACUGCUGUCUUUUCAUACAAUCAGACAUCAAUGUUCCCUGGACCUCUCUUCAGCGCUUUCACGUGAUGAUGAAUUGCUUCCAGGGCACCAAUGCCUCUGCUCUGGAAAAAGACAUUGGUCCAGAGCAGUUUCCAAUCAAUGAACACUACUUUGGAUUGGUCAAUUUUGGGAACACAUGCUACUGCAACUCUGUGCUUCAGGCGUUGUACUUCUGCCGGCCAUUCCGUGAGAACGUGUUGGCAUACAAGGCCCAGCAAAAAAAGAAGGAAAACUUGUUGACGUGCCUGGCAGACCUUUUCCACAGCAUUGCCACGCAGAAGAAGAAGGUUGGCGUCAUCCCACCAAAGAAGUUCAUUUCAAGACUGAGAAAAGAGAAUGAUCUCUUUGAUAACUACAUGCAGCAAGAUGCUCACGAAUUUUUAAAUUACUUGCUGAACACUAUUGCGGACAUACUGCAGGAAGAGAAGAAACAAGAAAAGCAGAAUGGAAAAUUAAAAAAUGGCAACAUGAAUGAACCUGCAGAGAAUAAUAAACCAGAACUCACCUGGGUCCAUGAGAUUUUUCAGGGAACGCUCACCAAUGAAACUCGAUGCUUGAACUGUGAAACCGUUAGUAGCAAAGAUGAAGAUUUUCUUGACCUUUCUGUUGAUGUGGAGCAGAACACUUCCAUUACCCACUGUCUGAGAGACUUCAGCAACACAGAAACACUGUGCAGUGAACAAAAAUAUUACUGUGAGAUGUGCUGUAGCAAGCAGGAGGCCCAGAAAAGGAUGAGAGUAAAAAAGCUCCCCAUGAUUUUGGCCCUGCAUCUAAAGCGGUUCAAGUAUAUGGAGCAGCUCCACCGGUACACAAAGCUGUCUUACCGGGUCGUCUUUCCUCUGGAGCUUCGGCUCUUCAACACUUCCAGCGAUGCCGUGAACCUGGACCGCAUGUAUGACCUGGUUGCCGUGGUCGUUCACUGUGGCAGUGGCCCUAAUCGUGGGCAUUAUAUUACUAUAGUGAAAAGUCAUGGCUUCUGGCUUUUAUUUGAUGAUGACAUUGUAGAGAAAAUAGAUGCUCAAGCUAUUGAAGAAUUCUAUGGCCUGACAUCAGAUAUAUCAAAAAAUUCAGAAUCUGGAUAUAUUUUAUUCUAUCAGUCAAGAGAGUAACUUAAAGAACUGCAGAACUAAUUCAAGUGGGGGGCGUUGUUCGAAGCACUAUUCCCAUUUCUCCGCAGACCCUCCCCAGUGGCCCAGUCAUCAUCACUCCAAGUCUGAAUGGUCUGGCUGCGUUGAACCUUCUCCUCUUGUUUUACGUGCAGCACUGCUCUUGGUUUUAUUUUGGUCUGAGUAGAGUUAACCGCAAUCAGGUUGUCGUAAGAUUUAUGUGAGUUACAGUUGCUAAUCUGAGGAUUUGGGUGAAUGGCAUGUCACUUCUUAUGUCCGGCUAAAUUAGAAUGACAUUUCCAGUGAAUGUCGUAGUCUGUUCUGAAUGUUUACGAAACCUCCAGGGUCUCCUUUCAAUACAUUCCUUUACCUUGUCCCUGGAAACCUGCUACACAUUUUUAGCUUGUUUGCUACUUUUCUGACAGAAGGACAGAAGAAUUGGCAGAUGUUCACCUUUUAGGGCUGUGAUUAUAGCUUUAAGUUUGUGAAAGGGAAACUUUAAAAGUGAGUAACCUUGAUAUUAAAACUCAUCCUCCACAUAGCGCAGGGUGAAGAGACGCUGUGCACGGUGGCUGGAGUCUGCACCGGGCUGUGCUGACCUAGCCAUAGAAUUCCAGGGGCUAAGAAGUUACGGAGCUCAGGGCAGGCAAAGCCAAGAGGAAGAAGUUUCUGUGGACAGUUAAAAGAAAAAAUCACUUAUGUUUUUACCAAAACCAAGUUUCAGGAAAAUAUCUCAAUGCUGUUUAUUUUUAGUGACACUUUUCUUCUCUGAGGUCCUGUGAGUUGUGUUUAUCCCGUACCUGACACUGCUAAGCUUUUCAAGCUGCCUUUCCAAUCCUGCUGAUGUCCUGCAGUCUGUGGUCCCGGGGCUGAGAUGCCGUGCUGACUGCCUCUGGCGCACCUCCCCUUAGCCGUCAGCACUGCCAUCCUCCCCUGUGGACAUAACGGAAGCACUACACACACCUUUACAGCCACCAGCGCCUCAUCAGCGUAAUUCUCCUUCAGUAUUCAGUCUGUUUACGGAGGCACUGGUGAGUUCCAGAGCUGAAUGCAGCCCUCCAGAGGCAGAGCUGGAGUCGCUGGGGCCAGGGGAUGACAGAAGCGUAGUGGGCUGGUGGAGCGAUGCACGGACGGCAGCUGUUUCUCCUGCUCAGACUCCUAGAAUGCUUGACAAGACAGUUUUUGGAAGAACCUCAUCUCACUAUGGUUACUUUUACUUUUUUCACUUUUGUUAUAUAUGUAUUUAUUAGAGCAUUUGAAUAUUGGUACCUUUUAUUAAAAGGGUCAAUUUGAUGUUUUGCUGUUGAGCUGGUUUUUGGUUUCCUACGGAUAUUAUGAGUCCUAGAUCUUGACUUCCUUUGGGAAGUUGACUUCCAUACACUAUAAUAUACUGUGAACAUUGUUUUGUUACCUAAUACAUCUGCGAACAAACAUGCAAACUCUUGGCGUAAUGUGAACUAAAAUUGAAAAUGUUAGUGGCCAUUUUGCAACCAUGAAGAGGAUAGCACUUUAUCUAGAUAAAAACUGGAUUUUUUAUUUUUUAAAUAUCUUGAACUGUUUGUUGCUCAGAACUUAAGCAUGCCAACACUUCAUUUGUUCAUGCUUGAAAUGAAAUGUUUUACUCUUCACUGGAGAAGACAAAACAGGGUGAUCUUCAUCUUACUGUUCCAUACAAGUAACGGAAAUGUACCUUGCCUUGAUUAGAGGCAGACUCAUAUUUGUAAUAGUUUUUCUUUGUCUCCAUGAAACAUUCUGUGAUCAGUUACGUAGGAGGUGAGUCUUUGUUCUUCAAAGGAAAGCCACUUUCCAACUGAAGUGAUUGAUGUAAAGAAAUGUUUGUACUAUUUAUAACCCAUAUAUUUGACUGCAAGUUGCAAGGUUUAAGAACAUGAUGGUUGAACUCUAAUAUAUUUGAAACUGAUUCAUAAGAAAAAAGACUAUUAAAUUAUCUUUGAAACCACUCUUGAAGCUAAUUUAUUAGAUAAAAAUGUUUCCAUUGCAGGCCUGUAGAAAUACUAGUUCAAUGCUGUUACAAGUUUGGUGCAUUUUUCUUUCCAUUUUUUGAAUCUGUAAAGAGUUUCCCCCACUGAUUUAACUGAAGUAAUUGCUUUUUAGAGUCAGUUAAAAUUUAGUAUUCAUAGAUAGAUUUUUGGAAUAAAAGUAGGUGGGUAGAUUUUUGGAAUAAAAAAAUAAAUAUGGAAAAUAUUGCACAGACAUUCAGAUGGUUGUGGUGAUGCAAGAAAAGUGGAUUAGAAAAGACCAAAACACUCCUAUUAAUUCCUGUCCUUUUCUCUUUCAACACUCCAUCAGCUUUAAAAAAUUUAGAGCUAUCUGGUAAUUUCUUACCUCUUUGUCUUCUAUUAAAAAAAAAACCCUAGGCAGCUAUAUUUUACCCCCAGUCAUUUUUCUUUAUAUAAAGAUAGUAGUAGCAUGCACACACUUUGUUACUUUUUGUCCCUGUACCUAGCGUAAACCAGAAUGCUAUGGGGUAUGCACGGCCACCAUUCCACGGUCACAGCGAUAGCACAAAGGCUCAGCAAUACUCCUCCCAUGGCUAGGGGUCCGUGUGUCUUUUUCCAGCAGAACUGAGUAGGCCUGUUGUAUUUCUCUAACUGCUGGGUGUUUCAGAUAGUUACAGUGUUUUACACUUGAAAAAAUAAAUACUUGCUUCAUUGGUUAUUGAGUAGUUUUAUGUUUAGAUUAUGGUACACUAUGCUAACAUCUUCUGUUUAGAAGCAGAUUUUGGUAAAAUGCUGAUACCUGGUCCUGUUACUUUGAUGCAUCUUCUAUUCCAAGGCAAUACCAAAUGGACUGAUGGGAAGAGAUCAAGAACAGCGUUAUCAGGUUAUUGACUAGGGAGCCAGUCGGACUUGAUUUCACAGCUUGGUAUAUUUUGGUUUUAAGAUGAAAUGAAAAAAAAAAUGACAGAAAUGGUCGCUAUGCAUUUAUUUUCAUGGAUAUCCUUAAUUUUAUGGGCACACCUAACAAGGAACUAUGUUCUAACUGGUGGGUAGGGCUUUUUUUAGGUUUUGGAGUGUAGCUUUAUUACAGAUGGAUUUUAUCUUCGAGCCUUGCAUUUUGAUCAACUUUGUAUAUUCAUGUGUAUUAAAAUACUGUGCACUAAAUGUUUUGCCCUCCUUUGCUAUUAUAUGGUCAAGGCAUUUAUCAGCACUGUUGUUUUAACUCAUGUAAAUGGCAUGGGUUAGUGAAAAUUAUUUCCUACUUUCUGCCAAAUUAAAUUUCUGUUUUCUAGUA